AUGGAUUUCCGCCUUCUAGUCGCCUCCACUCUGUUGUUUGGAGCCACCAUAGGAUACGUACAAGCGCAAGGAGGCCUGUUGGAGAUUGUUAAAUCGCUUAUCGACGAGAAGAUCACCGAUGCUGACACGAAGCAGCUUGUUAUUUCCAAGUUUCCUGAGAUUCAGGCCUGCCUCAUGGGUAUGGCCACCAUGACACCUGAAGUCGCCAUGCAGGUCAUCGACCAGAUGAUACCGGCCCUAAACAAUUGCGGAGUACAGUUGUCGGCUGCUCCUGAUGACCAGAAAUCAAGCGUUUACGUCAGUUGCUCGCAAGAGGCGGUUGCCAGAGUUAAGACGGCCACCGGUAUGGGCGCGGAUGAUGCGAAAAUUUUCGAUGAUGGAAUGGAAUGUCUGCAAAAGGCCCUCGGUUUCUAGGAUUCAGCACCACUGUGCUUUUUCUUGCGUUGCAGUCUGCCAUUUAGUAGAUAAAAAAGAAGCGAGAGUUUAGAAGGUCUAAGGCACUCAUUUGAAUAAAAUACGCUUCUUGCAAUACAGGCU